AUGGGCUCGAUCAAGCCUCAAUUUACGCAGUAUGCGGCAUUCAUAUCCCCCGAUACCGGUGUUCCUCGUAUUGGACAUUAUGAUUUCGCAGCAAAGACUGUUCAGCCUCUGUCCUUCACUUCUGGCACGCCAAUUUCGGACCUGUACCAGGUGAUUGAAUCGGGUCCUUCGAAGAUCAUUGCCAGUGGGGCACCCAUUUCUACCGCUGAUGUCAAGCUUUUGGCUCCCAUCUCCGGCCGUGAUGUUAUGGCAGUAGGAAAGAAUUACAUGGAGCAUGCCAAGGAGUUUAACAGCUCUGGAUAUGAUAAGAGCGACCCAAUUAUCGCCGACGGCGAAGAAAUUUACCUCAAUCCAGCCUUCACUGAAACCGCCGACUAUGAAGGAGAGAUUGGCGUCAUCAUUGGAAAGCCUGGCUUUCGUUCGACGCCUGGCUUUCGUGUCAAUGAAGUCGACGCCUGGGAGCACGUUUGGGGCUAUACAAUCAUCAAUGACAUGACAGCACGAGAACGUCAGAGAGAUCAUAAGCAAUUCUUCAUCGGCAAAUCCCCUGAUACCUUCUGUCCUAUUGGCCCCAUUGCUGUCCCGAAAGAACAGUUGCCAUCCACUCUCAAACUUGAGACGCAUGUCAACGGGGUGCUUAAGCAGAGUGCUACUAGCGACGAUCUCAUAUUUUCUAUUCCGACACUCGUAAAGACGAUAUCUGAGGGACAAACCCUGCAACCAGGCGAUGUAAUUGCCACUGGAACACCUGCUGGUGUCGGUAUCGGAAAGAAGCCCCCAGUUUUUCUUGCACCUGGAGAUGAAAUUGCGAUUUCCAUCACUGGGCUCGGUACGCUUCGGAACAAAAUCUCCAAGCCCACCACCGACUAUACGAGUCCACUCAUGUCUAGCUCUUCAUUUACACUGACAAAUUCUGCCAAGUCCCUUGGUUCAGAGACUGGACUCACUCGUCUCAAUGGCAAGCUGCUCAAUUAUCAGAGGAUUGGAUCAGGAAACGAGCACCUUGUUUUCGUUCAUGGCCUCGGCGGGACGCAGGAUUACUGGACUCCUCUCGUCUCAACCCUAUCCUCGACCAACUCUGAGUCCCAUUCGCUUCAUCUUUUUGACCUCGAAGGCCAUGGUUUGAGCCCAACUCACCCACUCAGCGAUUUGACCAUCGAGUCCUUCGCCUCUGACAUUAUGUCUGUGUUUGAUGCUGCCAAGGUGUCUCCAUCAAACCCAGGCACACUUAUCGCCCAUUCACUCGGGUGCUUAGCAGCCAUCAAAUUCACACUUGACAACCCAGCGCUCGUGAAGAAGCUGGUCUUUCUCGGACCGCCACCGUCUCCACUCCCUGAAGCUGCUGUGGGCGGAGCGUACGCUCGAGCGGCCCUCGUGAGAAGCAAAGGCAUGAGGGCCGUUGUUGACGCUGUUGUCGAGGCAGAGACCUCCAAUCAAUCGAAGGAGGUGAAUCCAGUCGCUGUUACAGCCGUCAAAUUGAGUCUUCUGGGGCAGGAUCCAGAGUCAUACGCGAAGGCUUGCUGGGCGCUCGCUCGAGCAACGCAGACUCUCAACGUCCGAUCAAUUACCGCGAAAACGUUUAUCAUCACCGGUGGCGAGGAUAAGGUGUCUCCGCCAGCAUUGUGUGAGAAGUAUUCGACAGAAAUCGAGGAUUGUCAUCUUGUGGUGCUAAAGGGCUGUGGGCAUUGGCACGUUUUCGAAGACGUGCAUGGGGUUUUGAAGGCCUUCCAAGGAUUUCUGUAA